AUGAGCGUAGACUUGGCCACCUUGAUAAGCGCUCAGCGUGACAUUCACGGUCGCAUGUCCCGAUCCGUGGACAAUCUGAAGAAACUGGGCGCAAGCGGCAUCAAUCCCAGCGCGAUCGAAACCAGAAUCGAGAUCCUGGAUCAACUGUGGGCAAAAUUCCAAAUGCAGCACGAGAGUAUCCGCUCCUGCUACAAGGAAAAAUAUAACAAGAGUGAGUACGCUACUGAAUUUUUUGACACCGUCGAAAAUACGUACGUGCAACAACGUAGUACGCUCUCCGCAUACGCCGAUCGUUACAAGACUGCUCCGUCAACUUCGACUGCGUCAAACGAGCAGCAAACCGGAGACCAUUCGAUGAAAACCGCGUUACCUCUUAUCAAAUUGCCGCAAUUUUCGGGCUCGUUUGAGGAUUGGCCUUCGUUCCGCGAUCUAUUUCUCUCCGUGAUCGGCGACAACUCCGCAAUCUCAAAAAUUGAGCGAUUGCACUACCUUCGGUCGUGUCUCCAAGGGCCCGCUGAAAGAUUAAUUUGGCCAUUAUCAGUCACUGGCGAAAAUUAUGACCGAGCAUGGGCACUCUUAAAAAAGCACUUUGAAAAUAAGAAAGAGCUAAUACGCUCCAACUUCGCCGCUUUUACCGCUGUAAAUAAAAUAAAGGGAGAGACCGCGGAAGAACUCAGCCGAAUCUAUCACGCCGUGACGACCGCCGUGAACGCGCAGGAGAGCAUCGCGCGGCCAAUCAACUCACACGGCAUGGAUCUUUUUAAUUUUUUGGUCGUUCAGUUGUUCGAUUCUCGCACGCGCUUGGAAUGGGAGGCCUCAACCUGCGACUCGUCAAAUCCACCGAAUCACGACGUUCUGCUCGAGUUCAUCACUAAGCGCAUGCUCACGUUGAAAGCAGCAAAGAAAACGAGCACCGCAAAAACCUCCGGGGUGUAUCGCGUUCCGCUAAAUCGUACUUCACCAAACACGAGUUCAAUGCUGCACAGUGCGCGAUGUGCAAAGAGCGGCAUUUGA